UCCUGGUUAGAGUUGUAAAGACAAAACCCUAAAACCCCAGUCGUGUUUUGUGAAAUCAGCAGCCAAACACAAACGAGAAGACGAAGAUGAAGACGAAGAAGAAGACCAGUAAAGCAGAGGGAUGUUCGAAGCACACUCUCUCCUCCAUAAAAAAGCUGGGAAUUGAGCUUCUCUCAUCAACGACUCACAUCAACAAUCUCCCCGUUUUGAUAUCUAUAAUCAACGACCCAUCUUCUCCCCCACACUUUGUGCUCGAAUCUCUCCUCUCUCUUCAAUCUUUCUUCACUCCAUUACUCCCCAAAAUCCCUUCUUCGUCUUCUUCUUCUAAGAAAAGUCCUGCUCGUGAUUCGGAUGCUAACGUUAUCUACUUCACUUGGCUUCGCUCCAAGUUCGAUCAGCUUGCGCAAUCACUUAUUGAUCUUUCUGUUUCAGACACCUGUCAGCUCGACCUAAGAGAAGUGGUUCUCGAUACCAUCAUGGAGUUUGUUAAAGUUGGGAAUGGAGGAAACUUUCAUUCUCUUAUAUAUCACAAAUUUCUCCGUGCUAUGGUUGAUUCUACUUCAGGCAUUGAUGUUUUAUUGGAUUUGCUCCGGUCAAAAUAUUUCAAGUACAUUGACGUUCGAUAUUUUACUUACAUCAGCCUGGAAAAGCUGGGUCAGAAUCUGGAGAAGAUGAAAGUCUCUGAUAACAAGAGUCAGGCAGAUGAUAGCAAAAACAGCAUGGUGCAUUCAGUUUACAAUAUACAUCGUCUAUUAUCAUGCAUCCCUAUUCCGGAAGGUCUUGAGAAAACACCAGCGGAGUUUGAAAUGUGGAAUGGAUCAGGCAUUUUUAAUAAAGAUGUUGAUAAUGAAAAGCAUGCGGAGGUUCUAAAAGCCAAAAACAAGAAGCAGAACCAGGAUGAUGGCGAUAAGAAAAGCUUCACAAGCGACAACGUUCCAGCUACAACGUAUGUGGCUAAAAAGAUAAAAUUGAAGUUUACUAAAGUUUGGAUGUGUUUUCUUAGUUUGCCGCUUCCCCUUGAUGUGUACAAGGAGGUUCUUGUUACCCUGCACCAGGAUGUCAUUCCAUAUCUAUCUAAUCCCAUUCUGUUGUGUGAUUUUUUGACGCGAUCAUAUGACAUUGGCGGUGUUAUUAGUGUUAUGGCCCUCAGCAGUUUGUACAUUCUUAUUACCCAGCAUGGACUAGAGUAUCCCAACUUCUAUGAAAAGCUUUAUGUGCUACUGGAACCAUCUAUUUUUAUGGCAAAGCAUCGCGGAAAGUUCUUCCAACUUCUUGAUUCUUGUCUCAAAUCACCACUUCUUCCAGCAUAUUUAGCUGCUGCUUUUGCCAAGAAGCUGAGCAGACUGUCACUCUCUGUCCCUCCUUCAGGAGGACUAAUUAUUGUUGCUCUAAUUCACAACCUUUUAAGGAGGCAUCCAUCAAUCAAUUGCUUAGUGCAUCGGGAGGAUGUUACUGUUACUGUGCACGAUGAUUCUGUGCACGAUGAUUCAAGUGAAAGAAAUGAGGAGGUUUCUGAUCAUGUUAAGGCCUCCUCUGCCAGCAAAGAUAUGUCUAGCAUCAAAUCAGGACUUGAUCAUUUUAACGACGAGGAAAUGGAUCCUAAGAAAACUAAUUCAAUGAGAAGUUCACUUUGGGAAAUUGAUACCCUACGCCACCACUACUGUCGUCCUGUUUCAAGAUUUGUGUUAUCCCUUGAGAAUGAUCUGACGGUCAGAGCUAAAACUGCUGAAGUAGCCAUUAAAGAUUUCAGUUCUGGUUCAUAUGCAACAAUAUUUGAUGAUGAGAUUAGACGAAGAGUUAAGCAGGUUCCUCUAGCAUUCUAUAAGACUACCCCGAACUCCUUGUUUUCAGAGUCUGAUUUUGGUGGUUGGACCUUUAAUUUAAAAGAUGAUAACAUGAAUGAUGACAAAGAAUCUGAUCAUAUUCCUGCGAAACGCCAGCGGAUGGAGGGAGCUUAAGUAUGCUUGCAAGGCAUCUAUGUCUAAAAUUUGAGACAAUUAAAUUUUGUAAUGUCCUAGAAAUGUUAGUUACAGUCAAGUGAUUGAACAGGCCUUCUGCUUGCCCCGUGAAUUUGUCUUUUACAUUUAUGUACUAUAAUAUCCAUGCACUUUUACGU